AUGACGAAUAAUGAGUAGAAAAGUGCUUUUUUUAUAAAUUCAUUAUUGGUUGGCAUGAUUUUAGUGGGUACAUUCAACACUUUAGUCUAUAAGUAUUAAAAUACAACCAUUAUAGAUGGGGUAACAUUUAUACACCCUUAUAUGCAAGCUUUAUGUAUGUUUGUAGGUGAAGCAACUUGUUUAGUUUUCUAUUUCAUAUUUUAAAUGAAAGCUGAAAAAGAUCCAAAUAAAGAAGAUGGAGGAUUUAAAAUAUUGGCAAUUCCAGCAUUGUUUGAUGGGAUUACAUCGUCUUUACAACACGUCGCCUUAAAUUUCAUUCCGUCAUCUAUUUAUUAAAUGUUGAGAGGAGGACUUAUGAUAGUAACAGCCGCAUUUUCAAAAUUCGUACUAAAGAAAAAAUUGUCAAAUCAGCAACAAUUUGGAAUUCUAUUGGCAAUCUUAGGCAUAUUCAUUGUGGGAUUGUCAAACUUUUUAUUUAGAAAGACAACAACUGAUGAUUUCAGUUGGGAAAUAAAAUUGAUAUCAAUAGCCUUAAUUAUAGUGUCCCUUUUUACUUAAGCAGCCCAAUAUAUAUUCGAAGAAAAACUAUUUUAAUAAUAUAAUUAUCAUGUAUUCUAUGUUGUGGGUGUUGAAGGAAUGUGGGGGUUAUUAUACUUUGGUAUAGUUAUGCCUAUUCUCAAUUUCAUACCUUGUAAUUUUAAAGAAGGAUGUGUAUUUCGAAAUGGUUAAGGAUAUUGGGAAUGUACUGAUGUAUUCUUUCAACAAUUAGGAGCAGACGUAUGGUUGACAGUAUCUGUCGUUAUGGGUAUCUUUAGUAUUGCUCUUUUUAAUAUAUUUGGUGUUAAUGUUACUAAGUAUGUUUCGGCUUUGACUCGUACAGUUGUUGACACUAUUAGAACAAUUUUAAUUUGGGGUAUUGGAUUGAUAGUCACUGCUACAACUUCUAGAGUAUGGGAAAACACAUCAAAGUGGGCUAAUUUGAUGGAAUUAGUUGGUUUUGCUUUAUUAGUCUUUGGCAAUUUGAUUUAUAAGGAGAUGUUGAAAAUCAAAUUUCUCUAAAAUAAAAAGCAAGUAUUAAUGGAGGAACAAUGA